CCAGCUGAACGUGGAAUUAAAACAACUAAACCAUGAAGCAGCUCUGUACGCUUGGGAAUCAAGUACCCUAGCUACACAGACGGCAACGGUGGAGAAAAUAAUCCAGCUGACGGUGCGGAAAGCCCACUGGGAGCGCAAUAUGUGCACCCGCGGGCAACAGCACAGAGCUUUCAAUGGCAGUUUGGAAAGGGCAUUCCAUCUUCUCUGUCGGUUGCCGCAGUACAGCGAUGGGGAAAUAAGUACUAUCGCUAAAUUGCUGGGUUCUAUGCAAGGAAUCUACAGCGGAACACAAGUUUGCAUAGAUAAAGCCUAUAACCCCUGCAAGGGUAACGGUUUGCUGUGGGAUAGGACAUCCUUGAAGCAUCAAAAACUUGCGUCGAAUAUGCAAUCCGAUGCUGAGGAUAAGGAUCGAAUUUGUUUGUACGGUGAACCGGAAAUGGAACAAAUUAUGACCGGAAAAUCAACUUCACAACGCGACGAAAAUGAAAAUUGCACCAUUGAUGAAGAGAACCUGCAUAGUUGGGCGUGGCAAUCGUGGAGGUUAGCAGUAGGGCCUCCUACUAAGGAACCGUACAGGAAAUUGAUCGAUCACAUGAACAUUGGAGCCCGGAGGAUGGGUUAUGCGGAUAUCGGAGCAUCAUGGCGAGCGGAGCUGGAAAUGGCGAACCUCCGAGAGCUGACAAAUCGUCUAUGGUUGCAGGUUAAACCUCUGUACCAAAAGUUACAUGCGGUGGCAAGAUAUUUUCUCAAGCAAAAGUAUCCACGGAUGGUCAACUUUGACCCCGCUGGAUUGAUUCCAGCGCACAUUCUCGGUGACAUGUGGAGUCAGAAUUGGGAAUCGCUGGCAACAUUGAUUUAUCCACACCAGGUUGAUAUCAUGGAAAGUUUUAGGCGAAGAAACUGGACUGGCGAACAGCUUAUCAAACGGGCAGAGGACGUCUAUUCAUCGAUGGGGCUGCCCAUGAUGACGAAAACUUUUUGGAAGAAGAGCGUUUUCGAACGGAGCAAGAAUGUUACCAAGUGCCAUGGAACGGCCGCGAAUAUGUUUGCUGAUGGAGAUUACAGAAUGGUCGUCUGCGCAGGAAACUCAAUGAGCGAUUUUUACGUCAUCAUGCACGAAAUGGGACACAUCGUGUACUACAUGUUGACUUCUAAUCAGUCAACCAUCUUCCAGGAUGGAACCAAUUCAGCUUUCCAGGAAAGUAUCGGAGAUACGAUCUACCUGUCUGCCAUAAACCCACUGCACCUAACCAGAAUAAAUCUCCUAAACUCAUCAUUUCUGGCCCCGGAAAACUACCAGCACCUAAAUUCGUUCGAUUAUGCCCUUCUCCUCAAAACGGCCCUGGUGAAAAUCUCUUCCAUACCGUUUUCCUACAUUAUGGACCGCUACCGGUGGGCUCUGUUCGAAGGUUCCAUUAACUUUGAAGCCGACGCCAAUAACUACUUUUGGCAUCUGCUGGAAAGCGAGCAGGGUAUCAAACCUCCAACCGAAAUGGACCGAACGGAUCUCUUCGAUGCCGCCGCCAAGUACCAUUUACCCGAUAAUACGCCCUAUGUGCGGUACUUUUUGGCCAACUUUUUAAGUUUCCAAAUUUUGGAAGGCCUCUGUAGGAAGUCGAUUUUUGGAAGUGUUGACUCGCCAAAUGAGCUACCCAUGCCACUGCACCGGUGCGAUCUGUACGGUUCGAAGCGAGCCGGAAGGCUGUUGGCGAAGGCACUUAGGUUGGGCGGCUCACAGCAUUGGUCAAUAGUGUUGAAGAUACUGACUGGAUCGGAGGAAAUAUCCUCCGAUGCUAUGUUUCGGUAUUUUGAACCGUUGAUCCAACUGCUCGAUAAUAUGAUUCGGGAAAUGAAGAUUCCUGUGGGAUGGUAA